AUGAAAGAGCCCAAAGAAUUAGGAAAAACAACAGAUACUACGGACCAUAACUUGACAUUAAGUAAAAGAUGUCAGUCCGCUCCAAAAGUAAUGGAUAGCCACAGUAGAUCGGCGUCCCCAAGGGAGCCUUCGCGACCGCUGCACCGUCCCCCAUCCCCACCCUCAUCCCCCACGGGGUUCGACAACCGAGCAUACCAACAUGACGAUGCAGAUCAAAACCAUAACGACUCCUUCACCUCCAAUGGUCCACACCAACCACAUCAAAACGGGCACAGCAAAGAACCCAAUGGUGAUACUAAAACUUUAGAAGCAGUGAACUUAGAAUUGAUAAACCUUACACCUAAAAAUGGAGCUAAGAAGAAGGAUGUCGAGGUUGACAUGAAUGCCAGCAAUCCAUACGAUGAGUACUUCGUGCCGGUAAACGAGCACAGGAAAUACAUGAGGUUUGUGGCUUUCUUUCCUUACACUGUAAUCUUAACAAAAGACCUAGUAAAGUAUCGAUUAACUGGACCUGUAUCGAUUAAAUUUCAAGCA